GACAAGACUAUCAGAUGAGCGAGCGAGAGAGAAAGAGCACAUAGGCUUGCGCCAAUAAGAACACAGUGUGUAAACAUAAAGCUAAUAAACACUAUAAAAGCGAGACAGAGAAGAAAAGGAAAAGUAGAAACAUCAACACGCGCUUCUAAUCAAGUCAUUCGCUAUUACGCGACUGCGUUAGCGGCGGCGAGAGAGCGUGCGUUUAGAGAUCUCAAUCGACCCUUAACCCUUCACUUGACGUGUUCUUUUUUCCAACCUCGGAAAUCAAGAAAUUCCUAAAAAAGGAGCUAUUUUUCUUCAGAUUCCGAUGAGUGAGAAGCUCGUCUUCAGAGGCAGCAGUGGCGGCGACUGGUGCUGGCAAGGAAACUAUGGUUACGGAGCGUAUGGAGAGUAUUUGGAGAAGAGACAGAUGUUUCUCAGGAGCUACCAGUUCUCCAGAAAACAGAGCUUCACUGAGAAGGUUACCAGUUCUGUGAGGAGAGCGAAGAGAGUUGUGUGGACGAGACUGAGAUCAGCUCGGAGGUUAAAACGCGUUGUCUGGUCCCGUCUCAGAUCGGCGUUUUUCUACCGCCGGAGACGUUUUUUCCGCCUUUUUCACUUCCACGAUGAACCUUGUUACUGUUUCUAGAGGUUUUAUAGCUUUAUCUUCAGUGUUUGGUUCCGUCUUUGAUUAUCUUGUUAUGCUCAUAUUAAUCACACUAUAAUUCUCCGUUGUGGUCUUAUUGAUCAGAUCAAUAAAAUUUUGGAUUCAGUUUCACUUGUAAUCUUCAUUUGAUUUUGGUAGUGGAAAGUCAAAAUUGGGUUUAUGUGUGUA